GUCAGCAGCUACAAAAACUCUAGCUACUGACUUUCAAAAUACAGCCACUUACCUGUUCCUCGGUCCAGUGGUGUCUUCACCAUAGCUGGUUUCAUCGGCCGUCUUCUCUCCCUGGAGCUGGCAUCUUCAGACCUGUCACAUGUCCCAGAAGACUACGGGGAGGGAGGGAAGGCAAUCUCCGCUUUCCCCCUGCUCCCCAAAGGUCUGCAGUCUCUAAUCAUCUCUUAUACUAUGUCUGCAGUCUCUGGUCAUCUCCUGUACUGUGUCCGCAGUCUCUGGUCAUCUCCUGUACUAUGUCCGCAGUCUCUGGUCAUCUCCUGUACUAUGUCCGCAGUCUCUGGUCAUCUCCUGUACUAUGUCCGCAGUCUCUGGUCAUCUCCUGUACUAUGUCCGCAGUCUCUGGUCAUCUCCUGUACUAUGUCCGCAGUCUCUGGUCAUCUCCUGUACUAUGUCCGCAGUCUCUGGUCAUUUCCUGUACUAUGUCCGCAGUCUCUGGUCAUUUCCUGUACUACGUCCACAGUCUCUGGUCAUUUCCUG